AUGGCAUCCUUCGGUCUCCAGUUCAUCGACAUGAACGAGCAUACUCAUGGUCAGGCCACCUAUCCCAUCGCAACUUUAAUGCUCCUCGCACUGUUGUUAUAUGUGAUCGUGAACGAAUUUAUCCGCUUUCGUGCGAGACUGCCAGGUAUAUCUGGACCGGUUGGAGUACCUUUGCUAGGAAACUUGUGGUCAAUCCGAAAGAACGCUGCCGAGCAAUACCGGAUCUGGUCCAAGAAGUACGGAGAUGUUUACCAAGUGUCACUGGGCAAUGUGCCUAUAAUCAUUGUCAAUUCUGCGGAGGCCGCGAAAUGUCUUUUUGGCCAGCACACCUCUGCAUUGAGUUCGAGACCAGAGUUUUAUACGUUUCAUAAAGUCCUCACUGGCGCUGCAACAACCGUUGGAACCACUCCAUAUAGCGACAGCUUGAAAAGACGUCGCAAAGUCACAGCGACAUCACUUAAUCGCCCUUCAACUCAAAGAUAUGUCUCCCACCUCGACCUCGAAACGGCUGAGUUCUGCAAAGAUCUAGUAGCUGAGGGAGGGUGGGGGGCAAAGGCUUUUGAUUCCUAUCCAUGCGCGCAACGUCUCAGCUUAAGUCUUGCAUUAACCACUAACUGGGGUAUUCGGAUGAACUCCCGUGACGAAGCUCUUUUCAACGAGGUAAUUGAAGUAGAGGACCAAGUAAGCCGUUUCAGAAGCGUUACUGGAAACCUGCAAGAUUAUAUUCCACUUCUAAGGUGGAGCCCGUUUAAUCGAACGACCAUAAAAGCUAGAGCUACACGCCUUCGACAAGAUGCUUACCUUGACCAACUCAACAGAGGUCUUGUCGAGCGCAUGGAUAAGGGCAUCCAGAGUCCCUGCAUUCAAGCAACAAUCAAAAAUGACGCAGAAAUUCAACUAAAUGAGGAAGAAAUUACCAGCAUCAAUCUGACCAUGAUAUCUGGAGGCCUGGACACGGUCACCACAGCAGUGGCCUGGCUUAUAGCCGUUUUGGCCAAACGCCCUGAUAUUCAAGAGGCUGCCUACCGAGCAAUUCGAGAAGUUCAUCGGGCCGAGAGUCCUCUCUGUGACGCGAACGACGAUCAAAAAAUCCCAUACAUCGUGGCUUUGGUAAAAGAGGGAUUGAGAAUGUAUACAGUCCUCAGACUCAAUCUGCCGCGAACUUCUAUCAAAGAAGUGACCUAUGAUGGCAUGACUUUCCCGAAGGGAACCACAUUCUUUCUGAACGCCCAUGCCUGUAAUAUGGAUUCAAAGUUGUGGCACGAUCCUGAAGUCUUCCGACCAAGUCGUUGGCUGGAGCAGCCGGACGCACCUCUCUUCACAUACGGUAUUGGGUACCUCUUGUAA